AUGGGACUCCAGUACUUGAACUUCCAAUUCAGUUACAAUUUCGUCGCUCUAACCGCCAGCACGGUCCGACGGCUGAACGUGGAAACGUGUUUUUAGUUUGCCAAUAGCCCGUAGUUGACUGCUCAUUUGUUUAUGGACACCAAAUGGCUUUAGUUAAAUUCCAAAAUUAAUUUCCAAAUAUCGAUUUGGUUGCGUCCACCUUGAAGUUAAUAUCGAAUUAGGAGGGUUACAAAACAAACUGAAGGAGCCUUUACCACUUGAUUGCAUUAUUUAUAUAAUCUGGGACAUUUUCGACAACUUCACGGGUGCGGAGCCAGUGGCAUUGGUUUAAUGCAGCCAUCACGCGUUUCCUCAACAGCCGGAGCACAUGUGCGGGUUACAUUUUAGGACGCGUAACAGUCCGUCUCAGAAGACGUCCCUCCGCUGGGGCGACUGCUGCCUGGUCUAGACUGGUGCUCAGACCGAGAUUCGAGUUCCUAGCCGGAGUCCUUAAGCUCGAUUCCGAUUCCUAUACGAGGGAUUUGUGAUUAAACUACUACGGGGAAUCCCGAAAGCCCGUUGGAACAGGAAAUGUUGCAUAAGCCGAGGCGCAUUUGAUUGGCGCGCUUCUUUGAUUGCCGUCGCUACGCUCCAGAGUCGCAAAUUGGCGUCCGCUUGAACUUGGCGCACAAACCCAAAGGCAGAGCUAAAGGUCAACCCCAUUCUGAGGGUAUUAGUUUACACAAGUGCGUGGAGAGCCGUGAUAUUCGAAGCCAAGGAAACGCCUGAGUUACAAAAAUGAUCAAUAUCGCUGGCGUAGUGAGCAUCGUGCUCUUCUACCUCCUGAUCCUGGUGGUGGGCAUCUGGGCCGGUCGCAAGAAACAAUCCGGCAAUGAUUCGGAGGAGGAGGUGAUGCUGGCUGGCCGCUCCAUCGGCCUGUUCGUGGGCAUCUUCACCAUGACGGCCACCUGGGUGGGUGGCGGCUACAUCAACGGCACGGCGGAGGCUAUAUACACAUCGGGCCUGGUUUGGUGCCAGGCUCCGUUUGGCUACGCACUCAGUUUGGUUUUCGGUGGUAUCUUCUUUGCUAAUCCGAUGCGUAAGCAAGGAUACAUUACCAUGCUGGACCCCCUGCAGGAUUCGUUUGGUGAGAGGAUGGGUGGCCUGCUCUUCCUGCCCGCUCUCUGCGGUGAGGUGUUCUGGGCAGCCGGCAUCCUGGCCGCCCUGGGCGCCACCUUAUCGGUCAUCAUCGACAUGGACCACCGCACCUCCGUGAUCCUGUCCUCGUGCAUCGCCAUCUUCUACACGCUGUUCGGCGGCUUGUACUCCGUGGCGUACACGGACGUGAUCCAGCUGUUCUGCAUCUUCAUUGGCCUGUGGAUGUGCAUUCCCUUCGCCUGGAGCAACGAGCACGUGGGCAGCCUGAGCGACCUGGAGGUGGACUGGAUAGGGCACGUGGAGCCAAAAAAGCAUUGGCUUUACAUAGACUACGGCUUGCUGCUGGUAUUCGGUGGCAUUCCGUGGCAGGUCUAUUUCCAGCGGGUGCUCUCCAGUAAGACAGCCGGACGGGCUCAACUGCUUUCCUAUGUGGCCGCCGCUGGAUGCAUCUUGAUGGCCAUUCCCCCGGUACUCAUCGGAGCCAUUGCCAAGGCCACACCUUGGAACGAGACAGACUACAAGGGACCCUAUCCCCUCACCGUGGACGAGACAAGCAUGAUUCUGCCCAUGGUGCUGCAGUACCUCACGCCCGACUUCGUGUCCUUCUUUGGCCUGGGUGCCGUUUCCGCCGCCGUGAUGUCCUCCGCCGACUCCUCGGUGCUCUCCGCCGCCUCCAUGUUCGCCCGGAACGUGUACAAAUUGAUUUUCCGUCAGAAGGCAUCCGAGAUGGAAAUCAUUUGGGUGAUGCGCGUCGCCAUCAUUGUGGUGGGCAUCCUGGCCACUAUUAUGGCGCUCACCAUUCCCUCCAUCUACGGAUUGUGGUCCAUGUGCUCCGAUCUGGUGUACGUCAUCCUGUUCCCGCAGCUGCUGAUGGUGGUGCACUUCAAGAAGCACUGCAACACGUACGGCAGCCUGUCGGCAUACAUUGUGGCCCUGGUCAUCCGGCUGUCGGGCGGUGAGGCCAUCCUUGGACUGCCUCCCUUGAUCAAGUAUCCCGGCUACGACGAGGAGACGAAGGAGCAAAUGUUCCCCUUCCGCACCAUGGCCAUGUUGCUCAGCCUGAUCACUUUGGUUUCCGUCUCUUGGUGGACUAAAAUGAUGUUCGAGUCCGGGAAGCUCCCGCCCAGCUACGACUACUUCCGUUGCGUGGUAAACAUUCCGGAGGAUGUGCAGCGCGUCGGCGAUCCCUCGGAAUCGGGCGAGCAGCUAUCCGUGAUGGCCGGACCUCUGGCCCGCUCCUAUGGCGCCGCCACCAUGGCGGGCAAGGAUGAGCGCAACGGCCGCAUAAAUCCCGCCCUGGAGUCGGACGACGAUCUGCCGGUGGCGGAGGCGAGGCGCAUGAACCAGGAGACGGCGCAGGCGCAGGUCAAGAAGAUGCUGGACACAGCCACCGGCGUGAAGCCCGCAGGGGGAGGAGGUGGCCAGAUGAGCCAAAGCGGGAUGGCCAUGCCCACGCCGGAGCAGGACAACACGGCCUUCUGAGCGGAGUAGUCGCCCAGAGCGAGAUUCCCAAAGGCCCGAAAGUAGGCUGCAGUUGAAUCCAGCGAAUUAUCCGAUUUUAAGUUGCGCUUGUUAGGGGGAUUUAAACGGGGGAGUUGGGUUGUCAGAAGGUGGACGGAGUACAGAAAGUAUUAGGAAACGUACGUUAAACACACAAGUGCUCAGGUAAAAAGUGCAGAAAGCUGAUCGUAAGGUUUACAUUUUCAUUUAGCCAACUUAUUGUGUAUAGUUUCUACAAGCUUUAAGCGCUCUAUCGGUAUUCAUUUUGAUGUUAGAGAAUAUAUGUGUAAAUGUUCAAACGGUAUCAGAAAUGCAGAAAUCGAAUAACCGAAUACAUAUCAACUGCAUUUUUCCUGGCCCGAGAAUUUCAUAAAAAUACGUCUUAGCCCAAAGAGUAAAAGCCGGAGAAGAGGCUGUAAUAAAUGUUUAACCACUGAGACGGACAGAGGUGUUUGCGCCACGUAAGCAAUACGAAUCGGCAUUCCUGGCAUUAGCAUAUCGAUCAUAUACUAUAUAGAUGCAUAAAAUGUGAAUCAUGUGUCCUUCCAGAACGAACAAAGCUAAGCAAAACUAUCCACAAAAUAACGCAAACGAAACAUAUCAAAACAAGGCGGAAGUUUAUCAAUAUACAUAUCACUCGUGUAACUGUUGUUUGUAAGCUACAUAGGAGAAUCGAGAUAUAUAUACUAUGCAUCAACUAUACCCAAUAAUGUGCAAACAAAGUAGUUGUGUAAGUGAGCGAAAACGAGGCAUAUCGAGUUAUAUAGGAAUGAAUUUUAGCUGCUCUCAAAGAGCAAAAACCACAAAGUAUAUGGCAGAUCAUACACAGGAAAACAGACAAAGGAUGAAGCAAUUAUAUAAAACAUGUUGCGUCGUAGUACCUAAAUAUAUACCUAUACAAAAUCAUAUACACAAGCAUAUAUAUACAUAUUAGAAGCCAGCCACUGAAUUUAGAAAGUUAUACCCAAAGAAACACCCACGACAUUGACCCAAGAAACCUGCAUAAGAAGUUUUGGCAAGGGAGAAUCUAUUCUAUUUAAACACACGCUGCCUGAACCCCAAACCUCAAACCUUAAAAAUGAGAACUAAAAUUACCCAAAUUAAAUCGAAUUGAAUUGAAGAGAUGUGCGUUGGUUCCCCUUUUUGUAAUUCACUUGGAUCGUUUGUUACUCUUUCGUCCGUUGGAAAGAACUUAUCUAAAUCUAACUAAAGUCAACUCAAGUAAACUAAUAUGCGUAAAUAACUUGAUAAGGUUUUGAGCCCCAUAAAGUACCAUAACUACAUACAACUCACUUAAUUGUAAUAAAUGUUGACUGCUUUUUGAUUGAGCCUCGUAUGUUUGUUGUAUUGGGGUAAAGUUUUUUAACGUUUACAUAAGUGAAUCUAAGAAGUGUUUGAGUCCAUCUAGGAUUACCUACCAUAUGAUACACACAUAUAUCUGUUCGUUGUUAUUGUUAUUAUCUAUUGCAUCAGAUCUGAGUGUGUAAUUUUCGAUAGUGUUUGAAUCCGUUUAACUAAGGAGUUUAACUAAAUUUCCAGAAAACCUACAUAUAUAACUAAGUGUGUUUGUAUUUCAUUCAGGCGUUUCUUUGUGCAGUUAACCAGAUUUGUAAAUAAGCAAAUUACUCAAAAUCGUUUGUAAAGUUACUAUCAACUAUACCAAAACCACCAAAUAAUUUAUGCAUUCAACUGCGAUGACUUCGCUUGGUUAAAACAGUCGAAACAAUUCUGUUUUGCAAUUAGUUAAAAUAUAUUUCUGUUAUUGUUAACCAAACUUGGUCUACCCAUUCCAAGCUCCCUUAGUGGCAUUAUGUUAACCAAAAAAGAAAAAGAGAAUAGAACAAAGGGUUACGAUAUACAUGAUGUAUUAAGAUCAAAUUAAACCGAAUACAUAUCAAUGUUUUAAGCAUAGCGAAAUGGAAUAAAACCCAAACAAAAAGAAACGAAAAAAGUAUUUAAUAAAUAAAAGGUAUAUAUAUCUAUAUAUUGUAAUGGUUUCUCUG